AUGUUUCUGGCAGGAGGGUUCUCGCGACUGGCCAUUGACGCACGGAAUGCAGGGCAUACCUCCCGCGCGGACUCGUUCGGUGCGGCCGCAGCUUCAAUGGUGUUUAUCUUUACCUCGGUAUUCGGAGCCACAUGGUUGACAGUCCCCUGGAUCUACCCAGCAGAGAUCUAUCCCUUGGCGGUACGAGCGCGCGGCAACGCCUGGGGCGUAGUAGGCUGGAGUAUCGGCAACGGAUGGCUGACCCUCCUCUGCCCCGUAAUGUUCGAAUCCAUCGGCGAAAAAACCCUGUACGUCUUCGCCGCCAGCAACGUAAUCACCAUCCCGAUGGUGUGGGCGCUGUAUCCCGAAAGCAACCAGCGCACGCUGGAAGAUAUGGAUCUGCUCUUUGCGGCGGAGACGCCGUGGGUGUGGGAUGCGGAGCGGACGUUUGCGCGUCUGAAGGCGGAGAAUCCGGGGUUCGUGGAUGCGGCGAGUCGCAAGAAUAGUGUUUUGGAUGCGGAGGUGGGGAUGGUGCAUGAGGAGGUUGCUGUUCCUGCUAGAUGA